UGCGCGAGGGGAGCAGACAGGAUGCACGAGGAGACAGCGGGGCUGAUAAAAGGAUAAAACAACCGAGAAAACACCAAGCUAGCGCAGCGAAACGUACGCGAAAUAAACCUCAUCUCGCCACAUUACAGGCGUUCAGAGGAGUCCUGUAAGCGCAGAGACAUGCAUACAGAGGUGUAAUACAAAGGAGUAUAAACACAGACAGCAGCUCUGGUCAACACAUACAACACGUACAGCUAUCUGCGAUCUUUCUGUCCAACUUCUUCUCUCCACUCCGGCUGAUGUGGACUGAUUCAGAGCUGGGCCAUCAUGAUGCCAAUGAACUUUCUGGUCACUCAUUGGCUGAACUUAAUACCAGCAGCAUCAUGUCAGUGAACCCUCCAAGCAGCAAUGACGCCUGCCUCAGCAUCGUCCACAGCCUCAUGUGCCACCGGCAGGGCGGAGAGAACGAGGGCUUCGCCAAGCGUGCCAUUGAGAGCUUGGUGAAGAAGCUGAAGGAGAAGAAGGACGAGCUGGACUCGCUCAUCACCGCCAUCACCACCAAUGGUGUCCAUCCCAGCAAGUGUGUCACCAUCCAGAGGACGCUGGACGGACGGCUGCAGGUGGCGGGGAGGAAGGGCUUUCCUCACGUCAUUUAUGCACGGCUGUGGCGCUGGCCCGACCUCCACAAAAAUGAACUCAAGCAUGUCAAGUUCUGCCAGUACGCCUUUGACCUGAAGUACGACAAUGUAUGCGUCAACCCCUACCAUUAUGAGAGGGUGGUGUCACCAGGCAUUGUUGGUCUCAGCCUUCAAAAUACAGCAGCAUCAGGUGCCCUGAUCAAAGAGGAGUACAUCCAUGACUGUAUACAGAUGGACCUCCCGCCUGGCAUGCCUCUGUCUGACCACCAAGCAGCCAUGAAGCUGCCUCCCACAGACCACUACGGUCAGCCCUUGCCUCCCCCACAGCUGUCCUCUGAGCCCCACGGACCCCCACCUGUCACCAGAUACACUAACCUGCCUGUGUCACCCAAAGUGUCUGGCUCCGGCUCAAUGCUACCACUGCAGGGCGGUCUCAGUGAUGGCCGUCUCCAGACUGCAUCUCCACAGGCUCAAGUCAUGACCCCGGCACCGAGACCUCCGAGCCCAACCCAACCCCCUCCUCAGCAACAGGCUUCCCAGCAACCCUCACAGCCCCCCCACCCACAGCAACCCUCCCUACCUCCUUCUCACUCGCACGGACAGAACGGAUACAGCAGCAAUAAACACUCUCAGAGCCAGGCUGCCUUCCACACGGUUUGGACAGGCAGCAGCACAGCCUCCUACACUCCCGUGGGACCUCAGCAGAAUGGGCGUGCUCACCAACAACCUCCUCUCCAUCAUCCGAACCACCACUGGUCACAGCAUCACGGCUCAACCUCUUUCCCUCCUUCUGUGUCCAACCAUCCAGGACCAGAGUUUUGGUGCUCUAUCUCCUACUUUGAAAUGGAUGUUCAGGUGGGUGAGAUGUUCAAGGUGCCCUCCAGCUGCCCUGUAGUAACCGUGGACGGUUAUGUAGAUCCGUCAGGAGGUGAUCGCUUCUGCCUCGGCCAGCUGAGUAACGUCCACCGCACAGACGCAAGCGAGAGAGCCAGGUUGCAUAUAGGUAAAGGCGUGCAGCUGGAGUGUCGUGGUGAGGGCGAUGUGUGGAUGCGUUGUAUGAGCGACCACGCUGUGUUUGUACAGAGCUACUACCUCGACAGGGAGGCGGGCCGAGCGCCAGGUGAUGCUGUGCACAAGAUCUACCCCGGGGCCUACAUCAAGGUGUUUGACUUGCGGCAGUGCCACAGACAGAUGCAGCAGCAGGCAGCAACAGCUCAGGCAGCUGCUGCUGCACAGGCAGCUGCUGUGGCAGGAAAUAUUCCCGGUCCAGGCAGCGUGGGAGGCAUCGCACCUGCAGUUAGUCUGUCUGCAGCAGCGGGGAUUGGCGUGGAUGACCUGAGGCGCCUGUGUAUCCUGCGGCUCAGCUUCGUGAAGGGCUGGGGGCCCGACUACCCCCGGCAAAGCAUCAAACACACGCCCUGCUGGGUGGAGGUCCACCUGCACCGCGCUCUACAGCUUCUGGAUGAGGUGUUGCACACUAUGCCACUGGCAGACCCAGGGCCUGCUAACUGAGGACCGCGACCAUGUUUAAAUUCCAAUCUGGAUUCUCUGAAUGUGCACACACAGACACACACGUUGCCAAAUAUACUAAUUGAUACACAAAGCAAAUCAAUGAAAAACACACAUGGAUGACCAACAACACAAUAUGCUUGUAACAAUCAAUGCACACAUCACUCAUGCUGCCUCACAGACAAACACACACACACACACACACUACAACCAAAAUGUCUGUAGCCACACAGACAUAAAAGUGCUGAUGAUUUUUUAAUGCUUUACUCUACAAUCUAAAGUCAAACACAAGGGAGUUGGAGCUCUGAAGGGUAAAAUUCUGACCAACUUGUCUUUGUCCUAAAGACAUUUGUAUGCACUGUAAAAAUCCAGGGAUGUGUUACACAAAUCCAGUUCCCCAAUAUGCAAUUUGGACUUCCUCUAAGUGUAGGAGCGUUCUGCACAUUUAUUCAUGGAAUACACACACACACACUUAAAAAUCCUGCAUGAACACAAGUUAUCCAGGAGUGAAAAACACUCCAAAAAGAGAACCGCAUACCUCUGGAAAAUGCUGUCAGUAAAUUCACAGUGAAUACAAACAGCAUUACAGUUCUCUUAACGUCUUAUCAACAACAGAACUGAUUAAGUAUGGAUUAAGGGAACCAGUGUUAGGUCAUCUCUGUGCUUGUACUGCGCUCUUCACUGUAUGUUGAACUAAACUCAAACUGUUAGCAUCGAUAGCUGGUUAGCCCUCUUAUUACGCUCAGCUCAAGCUACAUUAUUUUUGUACCAAAAGACUAAAAAGCCAAAAACAUUUAGCUUUAAAGUAUUGUUGUUGUUCUUGGUAAUGAAACAGUGCUACCCUGUAUGUAACCAAAUGGUUGGUGUGAAUCACCAAAGCCAAAAUACCUCAUAACUACAGUGCAAACUCACAAUUUAGUUUUCCGCCUGAAGCGCACACACUCUCAUCACUGACAGGCUGAAGUCAAUCAGUGCAGCCCUGCAAUAGGACCCUGACUCUCACUAAGCUUUGUAUUUAUUUAGGUUUAUAACGUACCGUGCUGUGAUGUGCAGUAGCAGUACUAGAUAACUUGACUGAUAUGUGGAACAUUAGUUAUACUCUACAGUUUGACAGCAAAAAAGAAGGUUACAGUAACUUGUAAUGAUUAAUAGAAAACAACCAUCCGCAGCUUGAGAGACAGAAACUUGAGUGCCUCUCUGUUCUCUGCUCUGACUGCUGAGGAUUUCAUCACCUACUGUGUGUUCACUCCCAACGUGCAUCUAGCAGUUUAUUUGAACUCUGAGUUGUUGUUUCCAGUGCCUCCAGAACCCUGUUUAGUAAUAUUUUACAUGGCCAUCAAUAAUCAGUUGAUAAUUGUUUCACUGUUAGCAACCAAUGAAAUGAUAAUUAGUAAUGUUUACUUAUUUUAGUGGUGCUAUAAUAAAUAUUUUAACAGUCUAUUGUUGCACACAUUAUAAUAUUUUAUAUACUGUAUUAAAGGCUCUGUGUGUAGGAUUUAGGGGGAUAUAUUGACAGAAAUGUCUGAUAUGAUAUAUCAAGUAUGUUUUCGUUAGUGUAUAAUCACCUGAAAAUAGGAUUUUGUCGUGUUUUCAUUACCUUAGAAUGAUCCGUUUAUAUCUACAUAGGGAGCGGGUCCUAGUCUACGGAGCCCACCAUGUUUGUUUCUACGGUAGACCAGAAUGGACAAACCAAACACUGGCUCUAGAUAGGACUAGUUGCACUUGCGUUUUCACGUCAGCCAUUGUAAUUAGCAGCCUGCUAAGCCAAACAUUGCAGAAAAACACUGAUUUUAAAUGUGACACUGCAUUUUUCAGUAUUUUUACCAGUUGAUAUCACCAAGUCCAUUUGUUUUGGAGAAGAGACCUCUGCGGAUAAUUUGGCUCGCGGUAAAAACCUCCUGAACAUCUGGAUCUUAAGUCAUCAGAGAAAAAAGGGAAACACACAUUAGCAGGUGCUGGGCUAGCAACAACUAGGUGAGGAAAAGACAAUGAACACUGAAGGAAUUCUAACCAGGAGAAGUUUCAGCUGAUUGCAAUCUGCAUUCCUCACCACUAGAUGCCACUAAAUCCGAGGCACUGCUCCUUUAAGUACUUGUUAAUGGUCAGUGAUUGUUUUGUAGACUGUUUCUAAACAUUAUUUGGGUGGCAGUUAUUAAGUUGCAAUGUUUCUAAAUGCACUACACAGUAAUUACUAACAAUUAAACAAGGUAUUAUGAUCAUCCGUUGCAUCUUUUUAAUAGCCAUCCAAAUAAUGUUUAUAGACCUUUACAAACUAAUUACUAACCAUUAAAAAAAACAUAAUAUAGUAUACAAAAUGGUAAAAUGUCUGCAACUGGUAGCACAGUGGUGCAGUGGUUAGCAUUGUUGCCUCACAGCAAGAGGGUUCCUAUUUGAACCCAGGGUGGGGGAGCCCUUCUGUGCAGGGUUUGCAUGUUCUCCCAGAGUCUGCGUGGGUUUCCUCCAGGUACUCCAGCUUCCUCCCACAGUCCAAAGACAUGCAGGUUAACUGGUGACUCUAAAUUGGCCGUAGGUGUGAAUGUGAAUGGUUGUCUGUCUCUAGUCUGGUGACCUGUCCAGGGUGUACCCCGCCUCUCGCCCAGUGUCAGCUGGGAUAGGCUCCAGCCUCACUGCGACCCUCAAAGUGGUUACGGAAAAUGAAUUAAUUAAUGUCUGCAACUAUAAACUGUUAGCAUUACUAAUGAUUACUUAACAAUAUUAAAUAUACUAUCAAUUCACCAUUUAUUGAUAGUGGUUAUUAUAAAGUGUCGUCAUUGUGCUUUGAAAGCAGUUUGAGGAUUGCUUCUGUAAUACCAGGGCGCUCUUUAUUUGAAAUGAUUGUAAAAUGAGUAGGGAGUUAGAACCAUGAGCAGCAUUUAUAGGAUUGGCUCAGUUGAAUCUUUUUUUUUUUCCUAACUGAGUGAAAUGACUUGGAAGAUUCAGUGGCAGCCAUGAUAAGAGCUAAUCAGUUCUCUAAAUGAUAAGAAAAAAAGAAACAUAAACACAGAAGGAGGAUACAAAUCAGAGUUCAAAGAACUGGUCUGAGAUCGCAGGUUGGCUGAGUGUACCAUGUAGAAAGAGAUCUGCUUUCCUGAUGCAUCCACCAGACUUGCCCCAACAAAAGGGUACAAAUGUAAUCAAUGUCAAAAGGUACAAUCUUUGGACGAAUCCAACUGUGCUACACAGGGAGUAUGUUUGUCGAUAUAGAUCCAAAUGUGAAAAAAAUGUACCAACCACUUUAUCCGUGGGUCGGUGAGACGAGACAUUUGUCAUCUGAUUCAGCUGCUUUACAAACAUCAGCCAUAUGCAUAUUUGUGAUUUGUGCCUUUUUGUUAUCAACCGUAGAUGCACCAACACUGGAUUGUAAGACAGACACAAGUUUGUCUUUCGACACAUGAAGAUUCAUGUUGCACAUUGUGAUUUGGUUUUCAGCUGUUCAAAAUCUUUUGAUGGUAUUCUGUGGUUCCCUCAGGUAUCUGUGUAGUUCACAAUGUGUCCAACUGGUUUAUAGAGAUAGAAAAACUAUUAACAAAGCACUCAUCAUACCUGAGUAGUAUUAUUUAUUGCCUUAGUCUUUUGUGAGUGUAAACUAUGAAUGAGUACGCUUUGCACUAUUUUAAUCUUAGCAUGGACAACACAAAUAGAUGUCAUAUUUAUCUGUUCUCUUCUGCCCAUAUUCAGGGAGGUACAAGUUUUUAAGUAGGCUUUCUCAGAUAUUGAGCAUCAUCAUCAUCAUCAUCAUCAUCAUCAUCAGAGGAUUAUCCCCAUCUUUCUACAAUCAAAUCACUCCAUUUCCAUGAUGUGUCCAGAAAUGCUUUCCAUUAAGCACCUAUUUGUGCAUCUCUAUGUGUAAAAAUGUCUAGACAAUUAAGACCAAGCUCCAUUGUAUCAUUACUGCUUCUGAACCUGCAGUUUGACUCUAUGAAGCUGGUACUAUCCAGUUGUUUGCAGGACAGCUUGUCAGGGUUUUGUUUUGUUUUUAUCUUACUGUUGUGUGUCUUUUUACAUUUAGCCCAACUGAAAAGUUUUUCUGGGUUACGCUUCAUUUAAUGAGUCUGUCAUUUCCUAAUCAUUUCCAAGGAAGUGUCCUUGAAAGUACAGUUUCAUUUGGAAAGUAGGGCUUUCUUUAUAUAAACCCAGAUAAACAUUCAUUAUUCAUUGAUUAUCAGACACUUUAUUCUCCACAUAGGUUGGACUGUUUGCUUGUCUUUACACAGAGGUCACAUUUUUCAACUGCUCUGUACCGAUUAAAUAAAAAAAGACUGGAUUACACCAGCAGUUAAUUGGAAGUGUACCAAUAGAACGUUGUCUCUGUUUUCCUCAAAAUUACAACCAGAUGACUCAGUUCUCUCCAGGAAACACCUCAGAAAUGAUGACUCGUUAAAUAAAGCAUCCCAGUUUCUCCAGACCCGAGGCCGCUUUCUCCAAGAGCUCAAAUUUGGAUGCAAAGAAGGCAUUCUCAAGUCCACCUCAUAUCUGUGGUCUGACGUUUGUGAAACCCGACUGUGAAACCUGACUGCUCCACACAAUGGUUGAUUAAUAUGGUUGGUUGUCACUUCUGUGGUUUGAUAGUAUGAAUACAGUAGACUAUGUAUCAGUAUAAAAACGCGUUGUAAUAAAAAGACUUGAAAAUGAAAACAAAAAAAUACUUUGACUGAUCAAUCCAAUCAUUUUAUCCUGGUGGUGCCGAUCUGCAAGCACACAUUAUUCUGAGCCUCAUCAGACAGGUGCUGCUGUGCGAUGAUGUCGUCUUUUUGCAUGGACCAAAGCAAAUGCGUAAAUAAUGAGCAGUGUGUCAGUGUAAACACAGAUGACACUUCUCCUUAUAUGAGUGUCUUUUGUGUUUACAGUAAUAGCAGUCUUUAUAUACAGGGCUUGGCAGUAACUGCUGACAGGUUGCCAUUGGCAACUAUUUUGAGAAAUUGGCGUCAAUUCAUGGCCUUUGGCCUUUUUGAAAGGACAGUUCAUCCCUCAAAAAAUACGUAUUUUCCUCUUACUUUUGUUGGAGAUAUCUGCCAUAGAGAUGUCUGCCUUCUCCCCAGGAUAAAGGAACUAGAUGGCACUCGACAAAUAUAUUUGAAACAAGAUGAUCCACAGACCUUGUUGUGAGCAGUUUGAUGAUGAUGUCACUGCUCAGAGGGAAGCGUGCAUCUACUCAUGGAUGAGAGGCUUGUGCUCCUGACAUUAAAAGUGUAAAGAUGUAAGCAUUAAUUUACAUCUCCUGGCGUCCUCCUCAGCUGAGCUGUAACGUUAGCUAGCUCAGUGGUGCUAGGUGAGCUAUCAGUGGACGCACACUUUCAUCUGUGCGGUGAUACAGUUGUCAGAUGUAGUUCGGUAGUAGUGUAGUGCUCACAGCAAGGUAUGUGGAUUGUCUUGAGUAACCAGGUAGUGAUUUCUGCUUUGAGCACCACAAGCUGAGUGCCAUCUAGUUCCAUUGUAUUCACAUCAAAACAACCUAGACUGGUAAACAUCACUACAGGUAAGAGGAAAAUGUGUAUUAUUGAUUUGGGGGUGAACUGUCCCUUUAAUAUUUGUUGCAUCAGUGGUAUUUAUAUAUUGCUGUUACAGUCUGAACUGGGACCAGACAGUUAAUACUGUUCUCAAUGAAUCUUUGUAGGGACCUGAAAAACCAAUAGGAUUCUCUGAUUGAAGCCAACAUUUCUUGACACUCUAAUGUGAUAAUAAUGAUCAUAACAAUAACUAGAUUCAUCAUAAUAGCAUGAAUUUGAAAGACUGACAUUGAAUUGCAGAGUUAACUAAACAGUUGUGCACCUUCCUGUUGGUUCGUCACAGCCUGCACAUCCUCACCGUAGACUAUGCUGGUCCCUACACUGUGCUGAGUGCACACAGAUAGAGGGCUGGAUAAAGUCUUUCUCUUGCACAUAUUGAAAAAUCACAGGGAGCUACAAUGUCUGUCAGGAUCAAUGGUCAGGAUGUGUUGGAAAAUGACCAAUCUUAUUUUACAGGUUUGGGUUACAGGUAUUUAAUUCAUUUAUUUUUUAUCUAUUUUAUUUAUUUUUACUGAAUCAAAUCUGAUUUCAUCUCAUAUAAGAAAUCGCGGAUGAACCAUUACCAUUCAUUUAUAAUGUUCAGUGUCCAACUGGUGACACAAUCUGAGAGAAAAAUAGAUACAUCAUCCCAUUCAUAAAACAUUAAACAUGUUUAUUCUGACACUUACAAGAAUAUAUGUACUAAAAAAAAAACUGGAUUUGGCUACAUUAGAAU